UAUGAGUUGGAUUUCAGAUAAUAGUUAGUGCUUUACGGAAUCCUUCGGACGUCCCUACCGUAAACCCUAACCCAGCGCUUCCCUAACUCAGUCCUUGGGACCCCAAGUGGUGUACCUUUUAGUUUAGCACUACACAGCUGAUUUAAAUAAUGAACUCAUUAUCAAGCUUUGAUUAUUUGAAUCAACUGUGUAGUGCUAGGUCAAAAAACAAAAUGUGCAACCCUUAGGGUCCCCAGGACCGAAUUUGGGAAAUGCUGCUCCAAACCUAACCCCGUACCGUUCCCUUUAAAAAAACAUUGAAGUUUGAAACUGCAGUCGACUGGUAUUUUGGACGCAGUAUUUGAAGCAUACUGCAGGUAUACUGCAACCUUUUCUCGUAAGUGUUACCUUAACCGUUUGAAAUGUCAACGUCAUUGGGGUGACUUCAGCAUUGGGACGUCCCACGGAACCCGUUUAGACGUCAGAAAAUAGGCAGGGUUUUUUGCAGGACAUGCAGGAGCAGAUGGGGAAACUGACAGACCUCCUAAAGGAUGAACGGCGGUCCCACCAGCACAGCUGCCGUGCGCUGUUGGACGAAGCAGAGCGGAGAGCUGAGAGAGUUAGGCAGCAGCAACAACAGGAGAUAGAGCAGCUAAUGCAGGCCCACAGAUCAGAGAUCAGUGCUUUAGUGACCCUCCAUACCAAGACUCUGGAGGGGGAGAAGGGCUGUGCAGAGGAGAGAUGUGCCCUGCUGGAGAAAGAGUAUGACUUCCUCAAAAGCUCCUUCCGCACAUACAAGGACAGUAUAUUUGAGGAGAUGCGUAGCAGCUGGCUAAGGAAGGAGAACAGCUGGAAAGAGGAGCAGGAAAGGCAUCUCAUGGACCAACUGAUGCAUUCACGUGAGCAGCUGAACAAAAGUGAGCGGGAAAAGGAUAACCAAAGAAAGGCCUUUGAGGCAGAAAUGGCAGAACUCCAGGCCAGGUUUGAGGAGGAGAUACAGGUACUAGCUGGUGAGCUGACAGAGAAGGAUGUAACCAUCAGUUUGUUGAGAACAGCUUAUCACCAGACACAAGAGCAACUGGAUAUUGUGACCUGUCGUAUGUCAGACUGCGGGAAAAACCCAAGCCAGCUUGGACCAAGACGCAUGUCAUGCAUCACGCAAGAACCAACAGAGCCGUAGUGCAACUCAUGACCACACCAAUACAUGUUUGACCAUAUUUUUUAUUCUUCUGUCAUAG